AGCAACAGAAAUAACAAAAAGUGAUGAUUAUUCAAUCGGUUAUACUUUACGUUUUCCUCGUAUCAUCAAAAUUAGAGAAGAUAAACCUUGAAUGCAGGAGUUAUUCAUAAAUUGACUAAAAGACAAGCAACAAUGGCUGAUAUUGAAACUGCAACGGAAUCUGUUAUUAAACCUAAGAAAAUGUCUAAAUCAAGUUUAUCGAUAUUCGAUGAAACUUUGUAUAAGGACAAACAAUUAAAGAAAAAUAUUGUACCGAUAACACGUCUGUUAGAUGGAAAAGAAAUUUGUGUUAUUAAUGGUAAUGAUGAAAUAUCCGAUGAAGAAAUAAUAGAACAACUUUUAUUGCAUAGGGCAAAAGUUGUACGAAAUCCAAGAAAAGAAACUUAUUGUAUCAUUGUUGGAAAUGAUAAAAAAGCAAAAGCACAUAAUAUUAUUAAAACAAACAAAUAUGACGUGGUUACAUUAGAUUGGUUCAAACGUAUUACCAAAGAAGAAAAUUGGGGUACAUUGGAAGAUUUUUUACCAUGGGAUUUUCUCUCUAUUCGUGACACGACUAAACAAUUAUUAAUGGAAAAAUAUGAUGAUUAUUAUGACAGUUAUACGAUGGACGUUGACGAAGAAAGUUUACAACGUUCAUUAACAAAAAUGGAACCUAUGAUAAAAGAAAUAGAACUUACUUUUAUCGAAGAACAAGCAUUGGAUAAAGAAUUGUUUGACAAUGGAAUAUCUCCAUUUUCUGUGUUCAAACAAAUCAUUGGAUAUUUCAAACAAUGUUCCGAUUUGAUCAAAUUGAAAUUUCGUUUUAUGGGAGGUUUAAUAAAUGAAGAUUUAAACGAACAUAUUAAUUAUAUUUUCAUUGAAGAUAAAUCAUUAAUUACUGAAUUUAAUGAAACUAUGAAUGAAACGAUGAAAGUAAUUGAUAGUAAAUGGAUAGAUGAAUGUUUUCAAGAUGAAAAAUUAUAUUCGAUAGAUGAAUAUAUUAUCAAAUAAUAAUUUAAUAUACACAUAAAUGAGUGAUGUGUAAAUGAAGUGAACUGAUGUAUAAAAAUAAUAAGAAGAAAAAGAAUUUUGAUCGAAAGUCUAUCUGAAAACGGAAAUAGCAUAGCGUGUGUUUGUGUGUGUGUGUGUGUGUUUAUUUGAAACACCAAAGUUAAAGUAGACUACGGGAAUCAUUUUAGCUUUAGUAUUUUCACUAAGCGCCGAGAAACCGAAUACUAGGUGGACUGACAGUUAGACAGUUUGCUCAUUUAACAUCUUCCCAUUUCGAAAUGGUUCUUCAGUUGAGCCUUUCCGUCUCUCCUUUUAUUUUAUUAGAAUGUGCGUGCAAAAUAUGAGGCGUAAGGGUCGCAGCUGCAACGUUUCUCUUACAAAGGAUGCCUUUCAGAAAGAUUCUUAAACGAAUUGAAACGAAUAAAAUUUCACAAUGAAAAAGAACACACAAAUAAUACAAAUAUUUCAAUGCGAGAGUUUAACCAAAAAAAAAAAAAAGCGCACAAUUAUUUCA